AUGAUAGAGCGCAUGAACGAACCACGCUAUAAAAAAUGUUUAAACGAAGGAGAUUGUUUGAACGAAGCAUCGUUGGAUCUUUUCCAUUCUUCACCCGGAGGAUACGAUCCCAAUAAAAAACUUGAUCCUUGGAAUUGCAAAACAAGAUGCGGAGAUUUAUGGCUUCCUUAUACAGGAAUUUUACAGGAAAAAUAUUGUUUAUGCUCGAAAAAUAAAGAAGUGGAAUCGAUGGAAACAAUGGACGAAGAAGAUUGUAAGAAAUCUAAUUUGGCAAUUACCUAUUAUAAGUCGAUUGUCAUCGUUCCCAUAACCGGUCUUACCAUUAAAGCAUCGGAAAAAAGAAUUAAAAGUUCUUUACCAGUCGAUUUUACUGUUAAUAUAGAAACUGGGGAGAAUGUCGAGUAUACUGUAACAUUCGGUGAUGGAAAUUUUAUGAGUUUUACAGACGAUACGAGUACUUUCACCCAUUACUUUUAUCAUCCUGGAAUUUUUAAGGUUACGGUAUCGGCAAAACCACGUGGUGCACCCGAGACGUAUCGUGUGGCAGCUAGUACCGUUGUGACAGUGAUCUCUGAUAUAUCGGAAAAUGGAGUUACGUUUCUAUGUCCUACCGUUGUCAAACCUAAAGAGAUAUUUGCGUGCAAUCUGACGGUUACGACUGGUGUUAAGAUGUCUUUAAAACAGGAAUAUGGAGAUAAAACUAAACCCUUGGCAUCCGGUUUGCCAGAUACUAAGGCUCAGAAAAUAGGAAUCGAUAUACCUAGAAACGUAACACCGGAUAUGGUAAUGAAGAAAAGUGAUCAGAAAUUAAUUAUAAUACCCGAUUCUCAGAUAUAUUUGGCCGGUUUGGUCCAUUCUUUACAAUUAUUCGGCACAGAAGAAGGUCCUAUUUCACUUCUGGUGCUUAGAAGAAAAUGCCAAAACAAAGAAUGUUCAUCAGCAUAUAUCGAAUGCCAAAAGGAAAAUGUAUAUUGCCCACAUCGACACACGUGUCUGUCACCCGUUAAAGAUGCUUCUUGCCCUCAACUAAGAUCGGUUUUCGAGUUCCCUUUUUCCAUCGUUCAUAAAAUACCCAUUAACAUCAAAGCUGGACAUAAUUAUCUUCCUAUCGAGGGUGAAUAUAAAGUCGAAACUGGCGACAUCUUAGGGGUUUAUUUAAGAAGGGGUCAGGUUGCCUAUCGUCGCACUUUAGGCAACGAACAAGACGAUUUCGGAGGUUCGAAACUAUCGAAAUCGUCCGGAAUUAAAGACACCAACGUUAAAUCCACCGGAUUAAAGUAUUACUUACAAGCAGCCAUCGGCGUGCCUCUACAGUUAUCUUUACAACAUCGUUACAGACAGACUAAUGUUUUUGAAUAUUCUAUCGAAGUUAAUAACGAAUUUACGUCUACUCCUAUAACUAGAAAAUGUACCGUUAACGUACAGAGACCAAUUUUGGGUAUUAAACUCACCGUCACACCACCAGAUACCGCCACAGGACAAGUGGUCAAGUUUGAAUUAGUCGUUAACGGAGGUACCAACGUCAACGUCGUCUGGGAUUUCGGAGACGAAAAAAUCAGAAAGGAAUACGUCGACGACACGGCUACGAAAGGUAAACUCACCAAAGAGCACGUGUAUCGAGAACCGGGGGUGUACAAAAUUAAAGUUCGUGCCUUUAACUUGCACGGAGAAUUUAACGAUUCUCACAGACUUAUCGCACAGAAUCCCGUCUUACCUGUUUGGGAAAUAAGUACAAAUUCUCCUCAACUCUUACCCGCCACGAUAUCCAUAAAUCUUAAUUACCCGAAAACGGAGAAGCUACCCACCAAUUCCAGCGCCAUAUUUAAAUUCGGAGAUAAAGCCACUUUAAAGUGGGAUAUACCGAAGGAAGGAGAAGGCAUUUCCGAAGUCUUUCAACACGCCUACAAAAAACCAGGGAUAUAUAAAGUAUCUGUCAAGAUAUUUAAUUUGGUCACUUCAAAAGUCUUGACCACCGAGGUAGAGGUGGCAGACUACAUCACGGGUCUAUCGGUUAAAGCAUUUCAUAUUCCACACGGUGGUAAAAGAUUCCUGCCAGGUUUUGGUCUUAAACAAGAUAAAUUUCCAGUCGAUCGUAAUGUUACGUUAUUCAUGGGAGUUAAAACUGGUGACGUUGAAUUAUAUAUUAUCGAACUCUUGGAGGAUGGGACUAUCUUGAAAAACGAUUCGGACAGCACUUUUACUUACGAUUUCCAACAGCCCGGACAUUACAACCUGUCGAUCUUCGCUUAUAAUCACGUGCACAAAAAUGCCCCUCCUAUUAAAAUCCAUUUGCACAUGAUGGAACCCGUCUUGGGUUUGGACAUUACGGAUCAUUACAAUCUGACAGACGAAGAGGAAGAUAAAUUCUUUGAGAUAAACUUGGAACAAUUGGGUACAGACACCUGCCUGGUUAUCGACUACGGUGACGGGAGCAUCUUACACGCUUUCGGAGCCCCCGUUACUUGUUUUAUUAAUUAUACUCGUAACGAUAUUUUAUGGGAAGAAGAGAAAUUAAGUACACCCCACUUCGUCAAGCAUCACUAUCGUACCAGGGGCGAAUAUUACGUAUUGUUGAAAGCAUUCAACGACGUUUCGGAGACUAAUGCCACGUUGGUGUUUACUAUAGUGGAUUUGUCUUGCAAACCUCCAAUUUUGGAUAUCCGUAAUAGGGCCAGUAAAGCUAAUCUGGCACUGGAAAAUUAUCGUUCGAUCCCCGUCGUUCUGUACUCGUAUACGACUGUCAGGUGCAACGUUACGACAGAGGCGUUCAGAAUGUGGAGGGUGUGGAGAGUCAACGAAACAACCGGAAUGGAGAUAGAACAAAUAGACAUUUCUAUGCUGGAUUCGUGUAGAAAGUCCAUGCUCUUUAUCAAGCCCUUCUUCCUAGAAUCUGGAUAUUAUAGAUUCGUUUUUCAGGUUAAUAUGACAGGACCGAGUGACUAUCCUAUGAUGCCAUUUCGUCGAUCCAUAGACACGUACGUCAACGUUGUACCCUCUCCCGUAAUAGUUCAAAUGUCGGAUGGGGCACAGACCAGGGUCACCAGAGGUUGGGGUCAGAAACUUCGCCUCGAUCCAGGAACUUAUUCCGUCGACCCAGAUGACGUUGACAAUAAGAAUUUUACUAUAACGUGGUACUGUAGAAGAGUACCACACGAGGUAUUGAACCGAAGUAUGGCAGACGAAUUUAACAUAUCUAAUCCCAUAUACGAUCGAAAUUCGUUGUAUAUCGUGCCACCGACCGACGAUGGAAAACCGGGAAUAGAAGAGGAAGAUCAAGGGGGAUGCUUCGGAAAAGGCCCGGGUAGAAUUAACGUAACGGAUAGUUACUUGGAAUGGGACACCACAGUAUUUCGUAAAACCAACAUUACUUACGAGAUUAUAGUUAAAGUUGAGUUACCGGAUAGAGAUGCAUCCUGGGGAGGAAUACAAAUAGUUCUCUUAGAACACGUACCACCAGCGAUUGCCGUCAGAUGCCAAACGGAAAAAUUAUGCUAUCCACACGAUCCAAUCGGGCAGAAAAUUAAUCCCGUUCGAGUAGGAUUAAUAGGAUUAUGCACAGAAAACUGCGAAGGACAAUUGACUUAUCAAUGGGAAUUAUACGGGGUGGAGGACGAAGGAAACGAAACGUAUUUAGAAGAUGCGGCUAGAUUUUUAGUCGGCGCCAACGAACAGAAAAUGGCUCUAUCCGAAGAAUUUUUUAAAGAAUAUUACCCGGCUUUUGGAGAUUUCAUAGCAAAGUUAGCCGUAGAGAACGAAGCUAACCAGAAAGGAGAAUCUGAUUUGUUUCUACAUAUCAAUAAACCACCCGAAAACGGAAAUUGUACCUUAUAUCCAGAAGAAGGCAAAGCACUUUUGGAUACAUUUACUGCUAUAUGUUUGGGCUGGAUCGAUCCAGAAGGCUCGGAAGUAGAUUAUUACGCCUACUGGACCAUGGAUCUUCAAUCUGGAGUGGUUUUCUAUUUAAGCUACGGUCCCGACGAAGCUGCGGAAUUGGUGUUACCUUACGGAGCCUUUCAACUAGGUGUCGAUAUUAAAGAUAAAGAAGGGGCCCUCACUAAACUUAACAUAACCACACUCGCUUUGACACCACCGACAAAACAAGAAUACGAGCAAUUUAUGGCGACUAAACAAUUAGAAUACGUAGAAGCAUCGGGCGAUCAAGCUAAAAUGAAUCAAGUUUCUCAAGCCGUGUCGUCUUUGAUGAACAUCCGAUUGCCUAGCGAUCAACCCGAUAGUUCUGAGAACGAAAUACCUGACGAGCCAGAUGCCGACAAGGAACUGGAAGAAAAGACUCAGGCUCGACUUAAAAUGGUACGAUCUGUAGACUCUGUGAUGAAUAUGGACACGUUAAGUGGGUUAGAACAGAUAGGAAGUGCACUGACGGCCAUAGCGGGUAACGGUGACGCCCUGGAUAACGACGGAAAAAAUGCAAUUAUAAGAUUGUUAAACAAGACGGUCGAAUUGGCAUCCGAUCUGAAAGUGGAAGCUCCUCAACAACUGUUAGACUUCUGUAUGUACGCUGUCGGGACUAUGGGUGGAAUUGUAGCAAGAAUGUCGCAGCAGUUAGUUGAAGGAGUGGUGAUGCCGAGUGAUCGUACCAAAGCAUUGGAUAUAGAAUACGACAUACAAGCACCAUUAUACGGAGAGGAAGAAAAAGAAAGUUUAUUUGAUGGUAAAAUACCAUUCCAAGAAGCUCUAGCCAAAGUAAUCAUCGAGCAAGAAAGAGUGGCCGCUGAAGGGCAGAUAAAGCAGAUAGUCGAUUUAACAAUCCAAUUGGUUCUGACGAUAUUAAGAAAUAUAGUCGUUGGCGAAGAACCAUUAGAAUUUAUCGCUCCUAGUGGAUUAGGAUUGACAAUAUCUAUGUUUAAGGGCGGAACUCUAUCAAAUAUGUCCAUUCAACACGGAGAUGCUACUUAUAUAUUCCCUGAAGUUUGUGAUAUUUUGAGCCAAUACGAAUGUUCGGGAAACGAAACACUAGGUGUUAUGGCUGUUUCUUGGCCGGCCAUUCUUCAAUCGUUCGGUGAUAGUGUCGAUUUAUUAUCCAAAGAUACUCAAACCCUGCAAUUACUGAUGCUAGACGAAACUUUACACCUCAUGUCCAUCAAAAAUACUACAGGAUUGUUCGGAAUAAUCAUUCCUAGAAAAUCUGGAAAAGAUGAUAGCCCCCUACCAGAGCCUACGUACGUGUUACCAACGAUGAAAUGGUACGAGCAGAUGGUAUAUCAUCAGUUUUUUGUAGAGAAGGCUGAUUCUGCAGUCAAUAUCGAAAUUCAUCCAACAGAACCGGACUCGUCACUUACGGUAUUCAUUAAACACCGAGAAAAACCACUUUUAAAUUAUUACGACUUGAUGAUACCAUUGGAAACUGUGAGAAACGUCAAUGGUACUUACGAUAUAUUUCUACCGAACGACGUUAUUCAAAAUAAGACAGGGUUCUUUUACGUUGGGGUCGUUGAAGGAAAUGAUAGUCUUUCUGAAGAGAUGCUCUUCGACAGCGAACACAACUUCACCAAAGGAGAAGUAUCACAUACAUUUUCAACUAAUUACACGUUGAGAAUAUAUACUUCAGGAUGUUAUUUCUUUAAUCCUGAUACUAAAAUUUGGUCAGGAGAAGGAUGCUUUGUAGAAAACUCUAACAAAGCCAUGACUUACUGCAAAUGUAAUCACUUAACUUCAUUCGGAGGUGGAUUUUUUGUAACCCCCAACACGGUCGAUUUUGCUUACGUUUUUGCAAAUGCAGGAUUUGCUGAUAACGUUACUAUAUACAUGACAAUCAUUGUUACUUUAUUACUUUAUAUUAUUCUACUUAUAUGGGCAAGGCGUCAAGAUAAGAAGGAUACAGAAAAAUUAGGAGCGACUCCUUUACCGGAUAACGAUCCUCAAGAUAGGUAUUUGUACGAGAUGACCGUUUUCACGGGUGAUAAAGAUGCUGCUGCUACGGAUUCUCAGGUUCAUUUUAUCCUUUCUGGGGAAGAUGACGAAACCUCUGUUCGAACUUUUGGUGAUUCUAAGAGAAAGAUAUUUCGCAGAGGUGCUAUGGAUACUUUCGUAAUGAGUGUGGCAAGACCCUUAGGAAAGUUAAAUUACAUUAGAAUUUGGCACGAUAAUAAAGGAAAAGGCAAAUUUAGAUCGUGGUUCUUAAGCUUUAUAGUAGUGAGAGACGUUCAGACUGGUGCUAAAUUUGAAUUUGUAGUUAAUAAAUGGCUAGCGGUGGAAAAAGAUGAUGGUUUGAUCGAUAGAUUGGUCCCAGUAGCUGGGAAAGGGGAAGCUACAGAAUUUUCUCACCUUUUCAACGUAACUACUCAAAAAAAUUUAUCGGAUGGGCACUUGUGGUUCUCGAUAUUUCUUCGUCCACCCAGAAGUAGGUUUACGAGAGUUCAAAGAGUAUCUUCUUGCAUGGCAAUGCUGUAUCUAUCCAUGUUGGUUAAUGCCAUGUGGUAUGGAAGAGUGCCCAGCAAACCUUCUGGUUCUGCCAUCAAUAUAGGACCAUUCUCGAUGAGUCCCGAACAAAUAGGAGUCGGUGUUAUGGCAAACCUCAUCGUCUUUCCUCCUACAUUUCUCAUGAUUACUUUAUUCAGAAAAUCCAGAUUGCGUAAACUUCGACCUUCGAGAAUCACAGAAGCUCUAAAAAAACAGAAUGAAAAAUAUAAGCCAGCAAUAUCAUUAAAGAGGCCGGGUUCUGGAGAAUCCACCAUGAAAUUGGUAGAUGACGAUGCUUCUAUCAAAGAAGUACACGAUUUUAGUAAUAAGAGUGACAAGAAGAAGAAGAAAAAGAAGUUUCUGUUCCCUUGGUGGUGCAGAUAUGUUGCUUGGUUAAUCUGUUUGGCUUCGAUUUUUGUUUCUGUGUUCUUCCUGUGGGCAUACGGGGUGCAAUUCGGUGACGAAAAAACUAAAAAAUGGGUGACUUCCCUCUUAAUAUCUUUCUUCACUUCCAUACUUAUCACUCAACCUAUUAAGGUAUUUUUAGUUGCUAUGAUCCUCUCCAGCUUAUUUAAGUCUGUGGAUUCUGACGAAGAUGAUUCGGAACAGGAUGAGGAAGCUCCGAAUUUAGCUGACGACGAAGAAUGGCUUCAUACAGAUGCCAUUAUACCAAUUAAGAAGAAAAUAUCGUACCAACCACCAAAUUCUGCCAGAAUCGAGAAAGCGCGAAGAGAAAGAGAAAAGGAAUUAAAAAUGGCCGCAAUUAUUAAAGAAAUCUUUUCUUACGUAUUUUUCCUGUGGAUUCUUAUAAUACUUAGUUACGGAAAUCGAGAUCCCAAUGCAUUUUUCUUGAAAACAAACCUGGAAAAUGCCUUUAUCAAAAAGGGAGAUCCAAAUAUUGAUUUUACGGCUAUCGGGAGCACCGCAUCUUUUUGGAAGUGGGCUAGGGAAGGUUUAAUUCCCGAACUACUGGUUGGGAAGUGGUAUAACGGCGAUCAACCGUUCGGUCUAAGAGGAUUCAUUGACGAUAGAGUGAACAGAUUGAUGGGUUACGGAGUUUUAAGGCAAGUUCGUAUAAAACCAAAUUCUUGUAAAGUGGAAGAAAUUAUGAAGAACGUAUCGAAAACGUGUCGCGGAUACUCUAGGAUGGUGGACGAAGAUAAACGUAGUUAUCAGAAAGGAUGGAAGAAAUUAUCAGAGGACGACGGUGUCGUCGAUGAAUAUCAUUACAGAUCCUCAUCCGAAUUAGACGGAUUGCCAUUUUUUGGUAAAUUAGACGUGUACGGAGGAGGAGGAUACGUUGUACCUCUUCGCGGUAGCAGAGAGCAGCUUAAAGAGGAAUUAUAUCGUCUAGAAAAAGAAGAUUGGACCGAUGCGGGGACAAGAGCAGUCUUUGCAGAAUUUUCUGUAUACAAUGCCCAAGUAAAUUUAUUCGGGGUGAUCGAAUUAGUAGCAGAAUUUCAACCGGGCGGAGGGGUUGUACCGUUCCAUAGAAUAGAUGCAAUUCGUUUGAUGCGUUACCAUCAGGGUUUCGGGCUAUUCGUCAUGAUUUGUGAACUGACCUACGUAAUUUAUACCAUUUAUUUUACCGUCAGGGAAGCCAAAAAGAUUCGCAAAGAUCGUAAAGAGUACUUUCAAAGUUAUUGGAACUUGAUGGAGGUUGCUGUCGUAUCUCUUUCAUACGCUUCUAUAAUAAUAUACAUUUAUAGAAUGAUCGUAACUAAAAGGAUUUUGAAAGUUUUCGAAAAAACCGAAGGUAACGGUUACGUUAAACUUCAAUUUGUAGCUUCGGUUGAUGAAGUAUUCGGUUAUUUAAUGGCAUUCCUUAUUUUUAUCUCCAUCUUAAAAUUUAUUAAGCUUUUACGUUUCAAUAAACGUAUGGGUGUGCUUUACAGCACUCUACAGCAAUGUUCUAAGGACCUUAAAUCAUUUUUUAUAGUUUUCGGUGUGAUUUACUUCGCUUUCGUUCAGAUGUUUUACAUUGUUUUCGGUGUUACGUUGCAGGGAUUUAAAGAUUUUAUAACGUCCACCGAAACGGCAUUUUCUAUAAUGAGAGGAGUGUUCGAUUUCGAAGAAAUAUGCUUAGCAUCGCCACUACUGGGACCGAUUAUGUUCUUUGUCUACGCUCUGGUGACCAGUGUCAUCCUCCUUAAUAUAUUCGUCACCCUCAUCAUAAGCGCAUUCCAAAGCGUGAAAGAAGACAUCCAAAAACAAAAUAACGAAUACGAAAUCGUAUCCUUUAUGUUUAAGAAGUUUAAAGGUAUGUUUGGCUUCGGCGAUAACGAUCCCGACGACGAUACACCCGACGAUGCUAAUCAGGUCAAUACUUUGGGAGACAAAAUUCACGAAUUCCCUGGUAAAGUCGAUAAAUUGUUACAUUAUAUGAAUAACUUUUAUUUCGAUGGUCAAUUGGACGUGACUAGUAAGAAGGUUUUACAUAAGAUUUGUAACAAGGGCUCGGAGAUUAAGACUGCCACCGCUAAGAAAUUCAACAAGAACAAUUACGAUAGCCCGAAUUUUCUCGAUUGGCAAGAAAUUGAUGAUGAAUUAUAAAUUAUUUACUCGUUUAUUAUCGUCCCUUUUAAAUUUCAAUAGUUUUUAUGCCUAGAAAUUUAUAAAUGUCACCGAAUUUUCUUCUCUAGUCGCCGUAGAGUGAAGAGAAAAAUCAAAUUUAUGUUGUUAUAAUUACUAAAAAACGUAGUAAUUAAUGCUUAAGAGUGGAGUAAAAUGUAAUAAAUUCGUCUCCAAAUUUAUUAUAAUUAAUUUAUUCAUCCAUUUUAAUCUGUUACUAUUUACAUA